AUGAGCCCAACCAACCAGCCUGGCUCCGGGGCCCAGGACGACGAUGACGACGACGACUACAUGAACAUGACCUUUGCCGAGCCGCAGCCCGCCAAGGAAUCCUCGAUCCAGCGCACCCAGCGCCUGAAGAAGGAGGCGCGCGCCCGCGGGCUCGUCAAGUCCAAGGCGCAGCUGGCCGAGGAGGAGGCGGCCGCGCGGGCCAAGGCCCUGGCCACGUCGAUGCUCGACGACCCGCGCGCCCGCAAGAGCAAGGGCCUCGCCAUGAUGGCCAAGAUGGGCUUCACCGGCGGCGGCCUCGGCAAGAAGACGCCCGACGGCCAGGCCCAGGGCCGCGUCGAGCCCAUCCACCUCAGCCUCAAGGACGACCGCGCCGGCGUCGGCAUGGACGCCGAGAAGAAGCGCCGCUUCCGCGAGGCUGCCGAGGAGCGCGGCCUCGCCCCCGACGCCAAGGCGCCCCGCCUCGACCCGGACGAGUACCGCGAGCGCGUCCGCAGGGAGCGCGAGGACGCCAAGCUCGAGAGCCAGUUCUUUGCCGCACAGCGCUUGGCGGAGGGCAUGGACGACGAGCAGGCUGCCGGGGCGGACACGGACGGUGACGGUUCCGCAUCUGAGCAACUGGAAAAGAAAAGAAAGAGACCCAACUCGUCAAAGCUGUUGAAAUCAGUGCCUAUACUAUACCGUGGACUCGUGCGCCACCGCGAGGAAAAGGAGCGCGAACGUCGGAUGCGCUACGACCUGGAGCAGUCACUCUCUCGCCUGCCCACUUAUGAAGAGGAGGAUGACGAUCCGGACUACAAGACAGCCCUCGGAAAGCGCGACACAAUUUACACAAUGGCCGAGGACUUUGACGAACAAGACCAAGAGCUGGACGAGUUUAAUGCCCUGGAUGUGCGCGAGCGGCUGGAACGCCUGCUGAAGCAUCUCCGGGAGCAGCAUCGAUACUGCUUUUGGUGCAAAAUGGCAUAUCCGGAUGCAGAAAUGGAUGGCUGCCCAGGGUUGACAGAGGAAGACCAUGAUUAG